CCCCGCAGAAAAAUGGUGUGGUAUAUAAAAACUUCUGCCAAGAUUGUUCCCAGUGCAGUGUACCUGUGUCUCGCGAGUGCUUAAAAUAUAAAAAAAAAUGAUACUAAUUAUAAAGUUGCUUCUCUUGAGCUUUUUGGGAAUUGGAGAUGGAGCCCGCAUUCUGGCACCAUUUUUCUCACCUACACCAAGCCAUUAUAUGAUGACAAAUGCGAUUAUAAGAGAACUGGUAAAACGUGGACAUGAGGUCACAUUCAUAACUCCGUUUUCGUUGGCCAAGGAAAACUUGGGGCCAAACUACAGGGAAAUUCUUUUGCACCAUUAUGACUCAUGGGAAGAUGUUUCUGCAAAGAUGAAUACAAAAUCGGCGCUGGAUAUGAUUGACUUGUCAGGGAUGACACACAUGCGUCUGGCCCAACACAUUGGUAUCCAAUCAACGGAUUUUGCACUGGCCCAUCCGGAAGUUCAGGAUCUAAUUUACGCCAAAGAUAAGAUCGGUAAAUUCGAUCUUCUCCUUGCGGCACAGUUCUACAAUGAGGGUGCUCUUAUGCUCGGCCAUCUCUACCAAGUACCCGUCAUUACCGUAGCAGCCUUUGCCUAUGCCAACUACUUUAGCAAAAUCUUUGGCUCUAUAAAUCCCUUAUCAUACGUCCCGAAUACUGUAACGGGACGCACCGAUAGAAUGACAUUGUGGGAGCGAUUGGAAAAUGUAGUAUUUAGCACUGCUGAGGAUGUGCUUCGGGAAGUCUCCUACUACCCGGCCCAGGAUGCCAUUAUCGAGAAGUAUUUUGGCAAGUUAUUACCAGAAGUGCCGACGGUUAAGCAAUUGGAACGAAACAUCUCGGUCUUACUAAUAAACAGCUAUAUGCCGCUGACAUAUCCGAGACCAAUGGCCUUGAGCAUGAUUUCGGUGGGAGGACUGCAUAUCCAGCCACCUAGAGAUCUGCCAGCAAACAUAAAAAAGUUCCUUGAUGAUGCAGAGUUCGGUGCUAUCUACUUUAGUUUGGGAUCUCAAUUGCGCAGUGCUGACAUGUUACCCGAAAAAAUAAAGAUGUUCCUAGGAGUCUUUGGCAGCUUAAAACAACGUGUCCUUUGGAAAUUCGAAAGCGACCAGUUGUCGAAUAUUCCCGACAAUGUCAGGAUUGAAAAGUGGUUACCCCAGUCCGAUAUAUUGGCCCAUCCGAAUGUUAGAGUUUUCAUUGCACAUGGCGGACUCUUCGGAUUGCAAGAGGCAGUUUAUCACGCGGUUCCGGUGAUCGGAAUGCCCUUCUUUUUUGAUCAGGCUCUGAACAUAAAAGCGGGCCAGGCUGCUGGAUUUGCCAUUGGCUUGGACUAUCGGACAAUUUCGGAAGAUCUGCUGAAAUCUGCACUCAAUGAACUGCUGACAAAUCGCAAGUUUAAAACCAAUAUGGAUAAAGCAUCCCGGAUUUUUCGCGAUCGUCCACUUGGCGCUAUGGACACGGCCAUUUACUGGAUAAAUUAUGUAAUAGAACACCGGGGAGCACCGCAUAUGGUGGCAGCAGGAGUUCAUCUUCGCUGGUACCAGUUUUAUUUGCUGGAUGUCUCCUUGAUUAUACUGAUAAUUACUGUAUUGUCUCUUUUGACUUUGUAUGCCAUUUAUAAAAGGCUGAAAUCGUUGCGUGGUAAAGAAUCCUUUGAUAAAAAGACAAAAUCGGAAUAAAUAUAAAGUAACGUUUAUUGUUUCACUAAAAAUAAUUGAAUUACUUUUACGCAGCUCUUGAAAGAAAAUUCGAAAGCCUAAUUUGUAUUAUUAUAAUGUAAUUGUAAUUAUAAUGCAACAGGUCAAAACAAUAAAAAUAAGAAAGUGAGUUUUUGAGCCAUUUUAAUAACAAAUUAAGACAGUCCCCACA